AUGCUCGGCUGGACGAUCGAAGGUUUGCGACAGAUUUUGAAGUCGUUACUGAAGAUCCAUCCCGAUGCCACGUCCGAGAAUGACACGAGUCUUGUUCGCGAGAACCCGGUGACUUUUUUAAAAACUUGUUUUGCUUUGGGUGUCGCGUUGAUGUUCUGCUAUCUGAUGUACACGCUGCUUCUCUAUGCUCACGAUUUUGUGGUGGUGAAAAUAGCGCGUUUGAAGGCCCCUUGUACUUCAAGAAAACUAUGUCCAAGUGACCUGUUGCCGGUGAUCAAAGCGGAUGGGCUCAACUUGGGUAUGAAACCGCAUCGGGUUCACCGAAUGAACGAGCCUGUUGAGAUGUGCCUCGUCAAAAAUCAGUAUCGAACAACGCCAAAAAUGCUCUUACCGCCAAAACCCGUGCAAAAGCAGACCCCAUCGCCAAUCUUGCCACAUCAUGCUUCAAUUUCAGAAGCUAUUAGAAGUCAGGAAGAGAACAAGGCAGCCGCAGUUGCUUCAAAAGCUGAGGUAACCUCUGAUAACCUGCCACUUGUAGCUGCGGUGAAGAAAGAGAGCCUUUUCUCGAUGCAAAUUAUUGAAACAAAGUGUCAGGAUCCCGAAAAGCUGCCUUUGGGUCGUCAUGUGAGUGAGAAAGAUGUUGACCCAGGAAAGGCUGUCGAUGCUUCGACCGAUGUUUGUGCCAAGAUUGAAGAAAAGGAAAAAGAGAUGCCAAAACCAGCUCAACAAACUCAGUCAACAUCCUCAUCUUUGAGUGCCACGACGAUUCCCACCUCAGCUAACACUAACCCGAACCUCGCAACUUCGUCAAACCCUGCCACUAACUUUGAGACGGCCACUAGUGAACCCAGCAAAUCAUCAACUACGAGUUCACCAAACAAGUCCACAAAGCGUCUAUCGCCGAGGAAAAGUACGAAGAAGAAAACGACUUUAUCACCAGAAAAGAGAAAAGCAGCCGGAGGGGAAGCUAGGCGCAAGUAUUCAACGAGCUAUAGCGAUUCGAGCAGUUUUAGUUGGUCACAAGAGUCAAUUGAUGGAUCGAUGCCGUCCGAUUUGCGCAAGAAUUCACAUAGGAAAAAGUUUGUGACUCAGCGGCGACAAGGAGCUGGAGCAGAUGAAGUGACCGUCUCGAUGAAAGAGGACCGCGGCAAAGAUGACACUUCUGAAGAAAGAUCAACUCAAGAACUGUCUGGUACAGGAAGGGGAGCCUCGAAGCCCAACAAAGACACCGAUGGAAAGAAUCCAGCAAUUGCGCUUGUACAGAUGUGGCCAUCAGCCUCGUUGCAAGCCGGAUGUGUACACUGCCAGAAUCAGCCACUCUAUCCAGUCACUUUCCGGUGGCACGACACCAAUCCUACCUCGGUUUUUGUCUCGGGUUCGUUCGUGAACUGGGAAUCAAAGAUUCCUCUUCGACGCGAUCGUUAUGGGUGGGUGGUCGAGAUCCAAUUACCUCGGGGACAUUUUGAAUACAAGUACAUCGUGGACCGUCAAUGGGCGAUCGAUGAAAAGCGACAAUCAGUGGUGAACACACGAGAAGGACAGAUCAACCACACCGAAAGUGUAGAAACGGAAGUGGCGAUUAAGAUACAAAACAAGGAUGUAGGAAGUAAAGAAGCCGAUUUACUGAAGCAAAUUAAGAGUGACUAUGUUGUUAAGUACAUUGGUGUUGGCGAAAAUGAGGAUUAUCAUUAUCUGAUUUUGGAGUUAUAUGAUGGACCUUCACUUCAGAAUUUUCUCGAUGGCAAGCCAUCUAUUCCAAUAGAAGAUAUUCGACUGCUUGUUUGGCAAUGCUCAAAGGGAAUUGAAGUGACGCAGAGCCUGAACAUCAUUAACUUUGAUCUCAAGCCGGCGAAUGUGCUUCUGAAGUCAACAACCCUCAAAGAAGGCAUAAAAAUAGGAGACUUCGGAGUAUCAUACCAGACGAAACCUGGCCAAAAGCUUACUCUUCAAGAUUCAAUCAUUGAUCUUCCGAAAGAAUUUAUCACCACGUUUCGAUAUAUGCCGCCAGAAGUGCUGGAAAAAGAGAAUCCCUUCGCCUCCUUUGCGACCGAUAUAUGGUCCUUUGGAGUUAUUCUAUAUGAAGUUACAUUUCGCGUAAAGUUUUUGAAAAGAAUCAACAAGAAUGAUCGAAGUCGUUUUUGUCAGGAGUUGGAUCAAUUCUGCAAAGUGUCUUUCGAAGAUGGUACAAUUGGUCUGGGAAACAUUAUCCCCAAACACAAGCUCUGUUCAUCACAUCAAGACAUAUUGCAAGGAUGUUUGAAAUACGAUUACAAGAAGAGGAUCAACUUUGAGCAAAUGCCCGAGAAGGAUUCCGAGGGAGAGAAUUCCGAAUUUAACGUGCCGGAUGUAACUCUUGGGACAUCAUCAGGUGAAAAGGACGUGGGCAGGUCAGAUCACAAGCGUCAAUUCGAUGAGGAGACGUCCGAAAACAAGGAGGAGCAAAAGAAAAAACCCAAGACCGACGGCCAGCAGCAUACCGAG